AUGCCCCGGAUUGCUGAGUUUGACUUCAUAUCACAUCUACUGGCAGCGUUCUUCGCGUUGGACAAGGUGCACGGGUACAGGAGGGUGUUUUCGUUGGAGGAUACCUCGUUACGACACCCGUUCGCAGAAAAAGAACGCAUACCCGACGUUGCACUCUACAUGAUAUGCUUCGUCGCGCCUCUCGUCAUCCAACCACUCAUCAACCUGCUGACUAUUCGCUCCUGGUGGGAUCUACAUAAUGGUACACUUGGUCUGAUUCUUGGUUUGGCGUUGACGGGCGCGGUGACACAGUUCACUAAGAUCACAGUAGGACGACCACGUCCAGGCACGUCCAUUUCUUCCUUUCCCUGCGUUGCUCCACUCUUUCCCACCGUUACACCACACAUUUCUCCCUUUUCCUUAUGUGUCUUGCUUUCCUUUUAUUCAUUUUUAUGCGCUUUCCUUACCUUCCCUUGCGCUCCUUCCUUUCCUUACCGUCCCUGCCCUCCUUACACCUCAUCUCCCUUCCUUUCUAUCGUCCUCCCUCCAUUCCCUUUCCUUCUCUCCCCUUCCCUCCCUCCCCCCUUACUCCCAUCCUUGCCUUUUCCUUCUCCUACACAACAACUAACUGUAUCCAAACCCACAGACAUAAUCGCCCGCUGUCUCCCACCACAAAACGCCACAGACCCCAUCUUCGGCUUAUCAACCGACGCCAUAUGCACAAACACCGACGUGGCCAUUAUGCGUGACGGGUUUCGGAGUUUUCCUUCUGGACAUUCGAGUCGUAGAAGGCUAACGCAACCCAUAACAGUAUCGUUCGCAGGUCUAGGGUUCCUUUCGUUUUAUUUAGCAGGGAAACUGCACCUUUUUGAUAAGAGGGGACACGCCGGAAAAGCAUGGUUAUCGUUAACCCCGUUCGCAGGCGCUGCUUUGGUAGCUAUUUCACGGACUAUGGAUUAUCGACACCACUGGCACGACGUCCUAGUAGGCUCCAUCCUCGGCACCGUCCUCGCCUACUUCUCUUACAGACAAUACUACCCCUCUCUCUCCUCCGAACUCUCCCAUCGCCCAUAUUCACCUAGGAUCAAGGAUGAGCUGGAUGCGAACCUGCAUAGGAAUGAUCUCGAGUCGCCGGUGCCUAUGGCGAAUCAACAACAAGGUCCUGCGGCCCAUCGAAGACAAGAGUCGGCGGUUCAGCAGCAGCAGCUGACUGCGACUGCGCAGGAGGAGGAUUAUGAGCUUGAAGGGACGGCGCCUAGGCCCAGUGGGCCUGGGCAUUUGUAUGAUGUGUGGAGUGAGGGACGGAAGGAUGAGGUGUGA